AUGGACGACAAACAGCUCAUCGACACCGAGCUGGAGCAGCUGGAGAUGGAACAGCGCCAGUUGGAUCUGGAUCGGAAGAGGCUCCAACUUCGGCUGCGACGUGCCAAAUUAUGCAGUCAAGUUGAAGCCGUCGCGGACAACGGUCAGGCCGAAGUGAAGCCAGAGCCAGUUGGCGACGGCACCGCGGUUGGGCGAAUCGCAGCAGGAGAGGAGCCGUUCUCAGAUCCCAGGCUCGGCGGGGCGACCAGCGCUUCGACCGUGGGCGAUCGACAUGUCAUGCGAGAGGAAGUCGGCCCUCUGUUGCACCCGGUUGAGCGAGAUGGCAUAGCCGCUAAUUUGUCAGGAGGGGACCAUAGCGGAGCUCCGGCUAGCUUUGAUUCAGUGACCACGCCGACCUACUUGGUAUGCACCAAGCAUGCCGUCCUUGAGCCUUCCGACGAGACGAGCCGGCUUCCCCGCCCAGAGUCCUACCCAACCCCGUCGACCUAUCGCUCGAACUCCAACACCACCUCCCAAAUGACUCCCGUUCCUCAUCGACAACGGGAUGGUUUUGGCCACUUUCCUGCACGUUCGCCACACAAAAGGGGACGCAGUGCUGAAAGUGAGAGUGACGAUUUUGUCCAGGAGACGAAUUCGACUCCCGGAGCCAAGGAAGUGAAGACACGGACCAAAGACAGAGAGGCCGAGAGAAAGCAGAACAAACGGCAAGCUAAGGGUCAGCGUUUGCCGGAACGCUACAACUACGCCAUCAUUCGAAAGUAUGGAGAGCGACUCGUCCAGCGCCAUAUGCAAUCCUUUCGCAGACACGAACGAUGGGAGGCAGACCAGAUAAUCCUCGCGGGGUCGAAGAUCGUCGACGGGCUUCUCGAGAAGAGGUUCAAGAGCCUGGAGGAACUUCGCGACGAGUAUGACCGACAAAUUAGAUUGCGGUGCACGAGCAGUGUUCAGGAGUUUUUUUUUAUAAAUGAGCUGCAGAAGUUUCGCCGGGCAGCCCCAAUUUGGUGGAGGAAGUGCGUGAAGAAGCGGACGCAGGGUGAGAGAUUUGAGGAUGCGACGGCGGUGUUCGAAGAUGUUAAAGGAGGCAUUUUCGACUAG